AUGUGCAGCGUCGCCGUCGUCGCGACGUCAGCGAUGCCGUCCAGCAGCGUGCUCGGUGCGCUCGACGCGUCCGAGAAGACCGAGUCCGUCGAGUCGACCUGCGACGACUUGGAGUCCAUCGGGGAGAGCCCUCAGACGACGACAACACCUCCGCAUCUGGCAGUGCCGCCACGCGUGGCGAAGAAGGCACCAGCCAGAGGCGCGUGGCUGCCUCCGCGCCCGCGGGGCGGGAUCGCACUGCCUCGGGCGGUCGGCCCGACGCUUCUGGCUCCUUCCGCGUGGGCAGCUACUCGGCGCCCGCGCGGGCCUUCGAGGAGGUGA